GUAGAGCGGAAGUUAUGGCGCAGGGCCGAAGUCUGGCUGAUGAAGGGCGGAAGUAGAGUUCCAAAUCUGCAAUCAUGGCUCAAGAAGAGGAAGAUGUUAGAGAUUACAAUUUGACGGAGGAGCAGAAGGCGAUCAAGAACAAGUAUCCUCCAGUCAAUCGAAAGUAUGAAUAUUUGGAUCAUACAGCUGAUGUCCAGUUACAUGCAUGGGGAGACACCCUGGAGGAAGCAUUUGAACAGUGUGCCAUGGCCAUGUUUGGUUACAUGACAGACACCGGGACUGUGGAGCCCCUCCAAACAGUGGAAGUGGAAACCCAAGGAGACGACUUGCAGUCUCUGCUGUUUCACUUUUUGGACGAGUGGCUUUACAGGUUCAGUGCCGAUGAGUACUUCAUACCCCGGGAAGUGAAAGUACUUAAUAUUGACCAAAAAAAUUUCAAGUUACGAUCCAUUGGGUGGGGAGAAGAAUUUUCACUGUCUAAGCACCCUCAGGGAACCGAGGUCAAAGCAAUAACAUACUCAGCAAUGCAAGUCUACAAUGAAGAGAAGCCAGAAGUGUUCGUGAUCAUCGACAUUUAAGAUACCAAAAAAAAAAGGAAAGACUCUUGUGAAGAACUGAUUCGUUUUCUUCCUUUAGAGAGGAUAUGAUGAUUCAUUUUCUAUAGUGUCUUUGCUAAAUGAAAAUGCAGAACUGGGAAUUUAAAGGGUGAUUUUUGGAAAUGGAAAACCAGUGUGUAGCCUUGGUCUGUGAUUCCUAGAGGAUAUAUUCUUCGGUUCUGAGGAGCAGUCGUGCACUUGGUCCAUGAGCAAUAGCCGCGGCCGCCUUAAGUCCUCCACUGCAAUGAAAGCGCUCCAGCGUGGUCUCUCUGAAGGGACUGCCCACGGGUGUAAGCAGCCCUGUGCCUGUGACCUCAACACUCAGGAUCCUGAGUUCAAGGCCAUCUUUGGCUGUAGAAUGAGUUCAGAGCUAGCCUGGGCAACUGAACAUGGUCCUGUCUCCAAAAAGUCAACUGGAGAGCAAAGAGCAUGCUCACCACGUGGGCUGAGGUCAUGGCUUACGUUGCUAGGGAACAGAGCCAUCCUCUGCUCUAGCUGGUUCUGAGCAGAGCCCUCUAGAAGACUUAGAAGACUCCUGAUUUUUUCUCUCUUCUUUUUAAGGAGCAAUGAUACUUAAUAUUUUCUUAGAAUAAAUAUCUGACAUUGUGCCUUACAUAUAGACCUUUCUGACAUGUAAUUUUAUUUUGCUUUUUUUGUUUGUUUGUUUUUCAAGAUAAAGUUUCUCUCAGUAUAA